AUGACUGAUGCAAAACAACGAUUCGAUCAAAUUGCUAGGACUAAUAAAGAAAAUAUCCGACGAAUACUAUCUAGCAACGACCAUCAACUCAAUUCCGAUUCUGUCGACGAUGGCAAUUUUAUUGAAGAAAUUUUACAUAAAACUCAAAGCUCGUUCAAUUCUGGUUCAUCGGAUGAUCUUGGUCGUACAUACCAAUAUUUGAUUGAUUCGUUAUCAUCAGAUGGUAAUAUCUGUUUGAUCUGUAUUGAUGUGAUACAAAAGAAAGAUGCAAUUUGGAAUUGUUCAUGUUGUUAUUCACCAUUCCAUAUUGUUUGUAUCCAACAGUGGAUUAAGGAUAGUGCAUAUCAAUCAUCAAUAGCAAAUACCAAUGCGACUCAUACUUGGCAUUGUCCGAAAUGUCGAACAGAAUUCGAUCAAAAAGACAAUCCUAAACGUUACCUAUGUUACUGUCAAAAAGAAAUCGAUCCACAAUUUGAUCCAUGGCUAAUUCCUCAUUCGUGUGGACAAACAUGUGGUAAAGCGUUGGUACCUGAGUGUGGUCAUAAAUGUUUAUUGCUAUGCCAUCCCGGACCGUGUCCACCUUGUCCGAAACAAGUCAAUAUUCGUUGCUACUGCAAUCAAGGAACCCCAACAGCACGCCGAUGUGGUUUUAAAGGUUGGUCAUGUGGGAGAUUAUGUUCGAAAUUAUUGUCUUGUCAACAACAUCGAUGCGAACAAGCUUGUCAUCCGGGAGAAUGUUUGCCAUGUCAAAAAACCAGUGUCCGAUCAUGUCAAUGUGGAAAGACUAAAGCAGUGCGAAAUUGCAACGAAUCGAAUUUUCAAUGUGAUCAGCCAUGCGGUCGGUUACUGAAUUGUCAGAUUCAUCAUUGCAAACGAAUAUGUCAUAAGGGAGACUGCGGUUCUUGUCCUCGACAAGGUCUACGAACAUGUCCAUGUGGCAAAACAAAAUACGAAAAUCUACCAUGUUCAGAAGAUGUUCCAACAUGUGGCGAUACUUGCGAUAAAAAACUUGAUUGUGGUCUUCAUCGAUGUUUGCAUCGAUGUCAUACUGAUGAUUGUGAAUCAUGCCGACAAGUGACGAUGAAACGAUGCCGAUGUGGCUUAAAAGAAAAGUCUAUUCCAUGCUGUCAAGAAUUUCUCUGUGAAAGUAAAUGUAUACGUAUGCGAGAAUGUGGGAAACAUCCAUGUAAACGUAAAUGUUGUGAUGGAAAUUGUCCACCGUGUCAAACUGUUUGUGGUAAAACGCUCAAUUGUCGCAAUCAUAAAUGCCUUAGCGAAUGUCAUCGUGGCCAAUGUUAUCCAUGCUCGCACAAAGUUGAUGUUACUUGUGCAUGUGGACACACGUCAAUAACUGUUCCAUGUGGUUGUGAGAAACAAACACGAAAGCCACGUUGCAAUCAACUAUGUUUAAAACUAUCAACUUGUCAUCAUACUGAACGUGAGCCACAUUUGUGCCAUUUUGAUGAAUGUCCACCGUGCAAACAGCUAUGUAAUGUAUUACUCAAAGAUUGUUCACACGUAUGUCCGGCAGUUUGUCACGACUCGGUGCUAGUCAAAGAAGAAGUCAGUGCAUCAAACACGCCAUGGGGAAUGAAAGAGAGAGAAAAAUUUGUUAGCAAAACGUUACCCUGUCCACCAUGUCAAGUGCCAAUGACUAUAUCUUGCUUUGGCCAACAUACAUCGCAAACAUUUCCAUGUUCAAAAGCCAAACCGUUCUGUUGUGGUCAACUAUGUAGUCGAGUCUUAAAAUGCCAGAAUCACCUGUGCAAUCUGCCCUGUCAUGUGGUAACCGGUGCUAGUAAUCAAACAGAUGCGGGGGUUGAAUGUAUCAAGUGCGAAGAAAUGUGUACUAAAGAACGACCACUUGGCUGUCAGCAUUCCUGUCCGUUAGCUUGCCAUCCAAAUAAAUGUCCACCAUGUAAACAACGUCUACGAAUGCGCUGCCAUUGCAAUACCCAAGUGAUCUAUAGCGAUUGUCAGACAUUCACAAGCGCAAGCGAAGAAGAAAAAGAAAAAAUCAAGUCAUGCAGAAAACCUUGUCCGAAAAAAAUUCCUUGUGGUCAUUCGUGCACGUACCCUUGUCAUUCCGGCGCUUGUUUGCCGGUCACUGACUGUGUUGAGCCAGUUCAAGUUCGCUGCACAUGCAAACGCAUUCAACAGCAAAUUCCGUGCUGUGCAACCAAAGGAGCUAAAAACUAUCGACUACCAUGCGACGACACAUGUGCUGAAUUGAAAAAGAGUCGACUGGCAACACCACCAACUCCUCCGGCGGUACAAACAACUACCGAAGAAGCAAAACCAUUGAUUGAGGCUGAAACUCCAAUAACCAAACGAAAGAAUCGAAAAGCUAACACCAAUACCGAGACAGCGCCAACCGGCAGCACCACACCAACAGCCAAAAAAUCCCGGGCACGUGGUUUUGUUUGGACAUUGAAUAAAAUUUCGUUCUUUUUCAUGUCUUGCUCAGCGACAUCCUCUGAUAAUCAACAAUAUGCAAGACAAUUCGCUGAUUAUCUAGAAUAUGGAAUUGACUUUCCUGAACUAUCCCAAAUUCGACAAUUAGAUAUAUUAUUGCAAGAUUGCCAUUGUCGUAUCCAGGAGAUCGCUGAAAAUUUGCGGACCAACAAUAAUAAUUCUGACGAGCAAACGCGAUUGCAAACAAUGCUAAUCAAUGCGUUGGUACAAGCUAAAUCUAUUGGUGAUAAGAAAAUGGAACUUAGUCAGCAAAUGCUCGAUGCUACCGAGCGACAAUCAAGAAAACUGCAGAUUGCUUGUCAAAAUAAUAUUGAAUCAAUGACUCAACAAAAUGUGUUGCCCGACGUGAACAGUGCCGAUUCUGAGAAUGAAUACGAUUCCGAAUCUGAUCGUCAUCGUUCAUUGUGGAAACGAAAGACACCCAUCGGUCCAUCUGCGAACGUUAAACGUCGUUGUGUGAUCAAUUCUGAACCGUCAGAAAAGUCGAUGAAUAGCGAGCGUGACAGACGAAAAGUCGUUCAACGAACCGUGAAUGCUAAUCUACAACCAAACUCAACAAGUGCCGGAAGACGGUUACGAUUAAAUAAUGACUCAUCUAGUUCUCAAUCCGACGAAACAACUUAUUGUUUAUGUUCUCAACUCUCUUAUGGUUCAAUGAUUCUAUGUGAUAGUAAAACUUGUGACAUCAAAUGGUUUCAUUUUAACUGUGUUCAGUUGACGACAAAACCGAAAGGAAAAUGGUUUUGCCCGAAUUGUCGAGAAAAUCGAAUUUAA